AUGAUAGGCUUUCUAGUAAAUUUGUUGACCUUAAUCGUUUCUAUCAUGACGCUUGGCGUGUCCUUGAUGAACAACCAGAAUAAAUCAAUUGAUAUCCCUGAAAAGAUAAAAAGCGUCGGAGGGAGUGGGAUAGCCAUGCCGCCAGAGAGUGGCUCGGACUCCAACAAUGCGGGAGAAGAUGUGCCUGAGCAGUCUGGAAGUAGCUUGGUGUCCAGAAGUGGUCUAAAUCCCUUUAAAAUAUCUGCCAACUCCUUCCUGGGAGGGAAGCAUUCCGCCCUAAUGGCCGCGAAAAGACCCAUCAUCUCAGGGCUAAAGAACAGGAAUUAA